AACCUCCGCGAUCGGCGAUUAUGUGAAGAGAAAGGCAAGAUUUGAUUGAUACUUCACUUCCUCGCCUGUUGAACCCUGGCCCUUUUAGCAACCCACCAACUGAGUUUCAAUUCACCAUUGAUCGCAUUUCUGAAGCCAGUCUUCGAUCAGCUGCGAAUUUACAGACUGGGUGUUCAUUGUGGUGCGGAAAGGGAGCCUGCCAAACUGAAGCUCGGAGGUGAUUAUAGGCUGUUUUUUUGUAUAUACUGAAAAAUGGCGUCUUCCCGUGUCGAAUGGAAGAAGCAUUGGUACGAUCUUGAAUCAUUAUCAUUAGCGGCCUGUGGAGAUAGCUCAGACAACAAACGCGACCCCCUUUUUUGGUGGGUUUAGAAGAUUUAGCCGUUGUGGGAUUUUAAUCGAACAAAUUCUGUACCUCAAUCGCUGUUCAUCAACAAGCAGAUGGACAGCAGGAAGGUCGUCGUCUGCGACAAUGGAACUGGGUAUGUCAAGUGUGGAUUUGCUGGAGAGAAUUUCCCCACUUCUGUGUUCCCAUGUGUGGUGGGGAGGCCCAUGCUUCGAUAUGAAGAAUCUCUCAUGGAACAACAAUUGAAGGAUAUUGUUGUUGGAGAAUCUUGUGCGGAAUUGAGGCAUCAACUGGACAUAUCUUAUCCUGUCAACAAUGGAAUCAUCCAGAAUUGGGAUGACAUGGGUCAUGUGUGGGAUCAUGCAUUCUACAAUGAACUUAAGAUAGACCCAUCUGAGUGCAAGAUUCUGCUCACUGAUCCACCUCUUAAUCCAAAAAAGAAUCGUGAACUGAUGAUUGAGACUAUGUUCGAGAAAUAUAACUUUGCUGGGGUCUUCAUUCAAAUCCAAGCAGUGUUGACAUUGUACGCCCAAGGUUUGCUGACUGGACUUGUCAUCGACUCUGGUGAUGGUGUCACUCAUGUGGUUCCUGUUGUUGAUGGUUACUCAUUUCCUCAUCUUACGAAGCGGAUGAAUGUCGCUGGUCGGCACAUAACAUCGUAUCUGAUUGACCUUCUUUCACGGAGAGGGUAUGCAAUGAACAGGAAUGCUGACUUUGAGACUGUUCGUGAAAUGAAAGAGAAGCUUUGCUACAUAAGUUAUGAUUACAAGAGGGAAUACCAACUGGGACUUGAGACUACUAUUCUUGUCAAGCAUUAUACUCUGCCAGAUGGAAGAACCAUUAAAGUAGGAACAGAACGGUUUCAGGCACCUGAGGCUCUUUUCACACCAGAACUUAUUGAUGUUGAAGGUGAUGGAAUGGCUGACAUGGUGUUUCACUGCAUUCAGGAAAUGGAUAUCGAUAACAGAAUGACGCUAUACCAACAUAUUGUAUUGAGUGGAGGAAGCACCAUGUAUCCUGGCUUGCCUAGCCGCUUGGAGAAGGAAAUACAGGAUCGGUAUCUUGAUGCUGUUUUGAAGGGAAACAAAGAUGGGUUGAAGAAAUUGCGAUUAAGGAUUGAGGAUCCACCACGAAGAAAGCAUAUGGUCUACCUAGGAGGUGCAGUUCUUGCUGGCAUUAUGAAGGAUGCACCUGAGUUCUGGAUCAGCAGAGAAGAUUAUCUAGAAGAUGGAGUUGAUUGCCUGAACAAGUGUGGUCAAGCAUGAGUUUUGAGGCCAGUUUACCUGCAUUUCUCGUGUUAUGUGUAUGCCACUUUUUUUUUGUUCUUUCAAACUGAACUACCUCUGUUUGAGUUCAGUUUGAUUGUAUUAAAGGUUCUACGCAAUUGUUGUUUUCUAAUUGAGUUCGUAGCUAAUGGUGGAUUUUGUUAGAUGUUCCCUGAAUUGUGUUCUGAUAUAGGCAGACAGCAAAAAUCAAUGUUGUGAGAAGAAUCUACAAUGUACAUCUUUGAAUAUGCAUCAUAAAUGUCACAACAUUAGUGUCAAAGGAUUAUAGAAUACAAAUUCCUCAUUAGAAUGGUGUUCUAGGACAUAAUUCUCAGCCAAUACACUUGAGCACCUUCACUCCUAAAGAGAGGCUACCGUAUUAGCUUAAGCAUGAGAACUUGAGACAGCGAUCUCCAUAAAAUAUCUUCAUGCACCAUUGACCUCUAGUUGGCAGCCUGCAAUCAAAAUAUUGCACUUGAUUGCACCUUUGAGAAGCAAUUGGCUCGCCGUUGUGAGUUCAUAAGCGAACUUCUAAGUUUAGCCUUUGACUGAACUGAAUUCCAGAAUCAUUGGAAGAGCUAAGCAAGAAUGUAAGGAUGUGCUUCCCAAAAACCACCAUCAAUUAUGUUGCAGUGUUGUACGACAAUCUUGCUGCAGCCAGUCUCUUCUUCCUGCAUAAAGCCGAGGAACCAAGGCGUAACUUUUCCCCUAUAGCAUUGUAGUCAAUACCAAAGUUAUUAGCAAGCAGUUCCAUUUUCUCCUGUGAUUGAGCACCUUUAAUAUCUGCUGCGCCUCACUUCUACUUUUUCCUGACUUAACCAGCAUCCAGAAACAAGUAUUAUACUGGUUGUUUAUGUGGCAAUCUACUUGCCUCCAUGACAAAUAAUCUCGCAGGAUAUCUGUUGAUGGAUAGCAGACAACCCUUCCAUCAAAUGAGGGCUGACAAACUAGAUCUGUCAAUGGAAAGAAGGCCUUCCAUUUCAUCACGUACAUGGAUGUAAAGAACGAUACUACAGAAGACACAAUAUCGCU